UCCGCUGCUAUUCUGAUUUCCAGUUCGCGUUUGUUGCCCGUGAAGGAUGCCUUCUGCCAACCCUAAACUAGGAAAACAGGCCUCUACGGAGACCGUAGAUCCUAUAUGCCAGGCGAUUAUCGUUAUCGAACAUAAGAUACGAAAUCUUGAAAAGCGUAAGGUGAAGUUAGAGUCAUAUAGGGAACUGCAGAAUAAUGGAAAGGAACUAAACGCAGAUCAAAAAACAGCAGUGGCUAAAUACGACGAAGUGUUACAAACAUUGGAUAUUACAAAGGAAUUAUACAAACAGAUUGUUGGUAUUGCUCAUGAUGCAGCCAAGCAACAGAAAAAAUUGGCAAGGAAAGAGGCUAUUGAAAGGACACAACAGGAUAUUGCAAAGGUGAAAGAAGUUCUCCUUAUACAAGAUGCGCUGAUGAACAUGGGUACAGAGUCUGUUAGAGAAGAUUUUCUUGCUGGCAAAAAUGGUGCAGUGAAAUUAUCAGAACAAGAUUUAAAGAGUUUGGACAGUCUGUAUAAUGAAGUUAUGAUGAAACAUCAAAGAGAGGAAGGUGAACCAACGUUUCUUCAACAAGUACAGAAAGUAGCAGAACAUUAUGUAGCUAUUGUUGAUGGAAAACCAAGAGAAGUUGUUGGUACAACUUACAACAAAUUGAAAGAAAUUAUUACUUCUAUUAAUCAAUGCGGGUAUUUUGAUCAAGUCCAUGAAACUGAAACUGUAGUGGAAGAGGUUACAGAAGCAGUUGCUGAGACGCAAAUAUCAGAAACUCCUGCACAGGAACAAGUCAAUGAAGAGUAUAAUAGCAAUGACAGACACAUUCCACCAGAGUCCAUCAUUCCCAUUCCUAAUUUUCCAGUACAAGUUGCUCCCCUUCCUGUUGUUUCUGGCGCUACACCAGUUUCCGGCCCUAUUCCUGUAGUUGCGCAACCUAUUCCACCGCAUCCAGCAGCACCGGUUGAUACGUCAUAUUACACAAAUGCUACGGGAUUUGUUCCACAACCGCAACAGCAACAACAGCAAGCACAACCAGCACAGCAACAACCUCCACAGGCACCGAGAAUUAAUGACGUUAUAGGCACACCAAAUUUCUUUUUCCUGCAAGAAUCUGAACUUGAUUCACCGGAUGUUACAUCUCAAGCACCUAUUGUUUCACACAUUCCUGCUGCUGCUGUGAAUGCACCUAUUCCUUCGCAAACAUUUACAAAUCAAAACUUUGCAAAUGCACCGGUAGUAGCACAACAAGUUAUAUAUCAGCAUCAACCACCGCAGGACAUGUCCCACAUUCCUGGAUUUGCUAACCCGAACCCACCUCCGCCCAUUCCAAUGCCACCAUCUCAUCAGCAACCAAAUAUUCAAUACAGUCCUCAACAUCCUGCUAAUUUCCAACAGCAACCACCACCACCACCACCACCACCACAACAGCAACAGCAACCACAGCAAACUGUUGCACCACAAAUUUCACAACCAGCACAAGCACAGAAUUUUGAACAUUCACAAGAAAGUCAGCAACCACCUAACGAGGAAAAGUCUGAAGAAACUCAAGAAGAAACACCUGCACCAGAAUCAGAAUUGGAACAACCAAAUGAAUCUGUAGAUUGGUGUCAGAUGGCUGAGUCUGGAAAUAUAAACGAUUGGAACCAAACGGAUCAGUCGCCGACAUCUGCUCAAGAAUCACAACAAACGCAACAGCAAACAACUCAGCAAGCUUGGGGUGAUCAACAGCGUAGUAGUGGGUACAGAGGUAGAGGUGGAAGAAGAGGUAAUUCUAACGGUUACAAUGGAAGAGGUAGGGGCGGUGGUUAUCAACAAAAUGGACGUGGAGGACAAGGAGCUUACUAUCGUAACGAUAGUAACUAUCAAAACGGUUACCAGCAACGUUCUUGGGGAAAUAGCGAAGGAAAUAGUGGUUACAACUCUGGUUAUAAAAGAGGCGGUGGUGGACCAAGAGGCGGUCCACGAGGUGAGCGUGGUAUUGAUAGAGGUGGCCGAGGACAGUUUCGCGGUCAAAGGGGAGGAAAUCGUGGGGGUUACACGCCUCGUGGUAAACCCCACACGCAACAAUAAUAAAGAUACGAUAGAGCAAUGCACAGCGAAACAUUAUAAAUAAUACUAUAAUUCAAUCGUCUGUUUAUGAAUAAAACCUAAGUCGUAUUUUUAUUCUAAGUGGUAAGAUCUGACGAUUUUAAUAUGUGAAAUAACUUCAACAUUCUAGGUUGUUUAAGAGUUUUAUAAAAUACAUAAGACAAAAAACAUAAACAAGUAAUUAAUUGUUUUCAUAUACAUGAAUGAUAUUAAAGAAAAAAUGUAUAGAUUUACAUUAUAUUCAGUUGUUUUUCUCUUUUUCAUAUAAAAUUGAUACUAAAAAGAAGAAUAUCUAACGUAUUUUACUACGGCUUAGGAUAUUUCCUGAAUAAGACUUUUGAAUAACCAAAAUUUUGCAUUUGAAUUUGGUAUCUAUGAUUAUCAAAGGAAAAACCUACUAAUAUUAAUGAAGAGGUUAUGCGUAACAUUGUGAUAUAAAAGAUCAACCAAAUUCAGAAGCGUGAACCCACCAUGCAAGUAUUAUUGUGUUGUGACAGAAGGCAGUUUUCACAGGGCAACAACAGCUGAUCAACAAAGAUUAGAAAAAUAAUUUUAUUAUAAAAAAAUACAAAAAAAAAAAAUGAGAACUCAUACAAGCAUUUCACGCAAAGACAACACGUAAAAAUGUGUUAACGAAUAACGUUAAAAUGAUUACACGAAUAGAUGAACUGCACGACCAUCUCUUUGUCUUGCGGCGCAUCGUACUAGAGAAUUUUUUAAGAUACCAGGAAAAAAGAGGAUACAGUGAGCAAUGCCUUCUACUAGUACUAUAUAGGGUGAGUCAUUAAAAACUGAUAUCUAACAUUUUUUACUCGUGAUAACUAAUAUCAACGAAUUAAAAUUUUAGCUGACAGUUUCCAGUGACUCACCCUCUAUAUGUUCUUUAUUUCAUAUUCCAUUUUUGGUCUAUGAAUCUGUGAAACAUUUAGAGAAUUAAGGUUGUCGAGAUUUAGUAGUUUGAAAAAGAAUAAAAAGAUUUACGUAUUAUGUGAAUUUCUAAAAAUCUUUUUCAUUGCCAUGAAUUACAUCGCUCCUUCAUUCUAUUUUUUUCUGAAUGAUUUCAAAAUUCUUCACGGUCGCCCCGCAGUUGACCAAGUAAAAGAGAUUGCAGUGCAAUUUCAAGUUUAUGAAGCAACAUUACCUGAUUUUUUUUAUCGCAAAAUAUAUGAUUAUUUUUUAAAAAAAGAGAAGCGAUAGUGCGGAGCUUUAGCAUGUAAGUCGAGUGUACAAUUACUGACUAGAAACAAAGAAGGCGUGUUUGAAUAGUGCGCCACUGACAAAAAAAAGCCAUGCUCACACCGCCAAACACACGAUGAGGAGUACCGUAUUGUAUUUCGUUUGUACAUUUGUGUUUAAUCACCUCCAUCUACAGUUAUGUUCAACUAUCCUAUAAAUACCUAUGUAUCUUCCAAAUAAAGAUCUAAUUCAACCCUGCUAA